GGCCACGGCAACUUCCAGAAGACAAGGCCUUAGUUUGUGAGCCAAUUAUCCUCACAGAACUAAAGUUGGAAUCAUGCAUUUAUUGUGCUUCCAAAAUCACCCAUAUUUGUUUCAGUGUAGCAUGUUCUUUAUGAAGAUUUUGCACUGUGUGACCUUAAUUUCCACCUCAUUGCCCUCAUGGAGAUAAAACAGGGCAGGCUCCUUGUGUAAGGAUCUGCACCACUUAACCUGCUAACCCUUAGCCCAACUACAUGGCUCGAAAGGUUGACCUUAGGUUAUACAUUAGCUCGACGCGUGCCCUUGUAUUUUACAUAUAAUUUCCUGAACCCACCGAUGUGGGACUUUGGGGCUUCACACCUUAAGAAUUGAUGAUUUGAUUUCCAUUUCAAUAUGGUUCUUAUGCUGACUAGUUGAGAAGGGAUCAACGGAGUAUUUACGAUCUUCCUAAUUUGGCAAUGCUUGCUACCUCAAACAGUUUUUUUUUAAUAACUCAUCAAACCAAAUCGAGCCUUAAAUCCCAAUCGAUUGCGGACAAUUGCAUGACUUCGUUGUCUUCUGUCGAGUGAUAUCCAGGAUGACCUAGGUAUUUUGGAACUACAGCCUCUAGAGUCAAUUUUAAUCUACCCCUCCCCUUGGUGUUAUCCUCUAUUAUAACCAUACGGACCCCUCCUAAGUCCUAACCAACGUAUCAACCGAUUUACGAUAGGCAUACUCAAACCACCUUAAUCUAUUAUCUCUUAUGACUCCUAAGACAAUAUUAAAGACUACAAUUUGCAACCAUUUUCUUGCUUGUCAUAUAUCACAAGACUUUUGGGAUCAACUGUUUUCUUGGCAGAUAAUUACUUUUGGUUUGGCUGUUACUCUUUAGUCUAGUAUGGUAAGCAACUUUUGACUGGUAGGAUCGACUUAUCAGGUAUAACGAUUUCUACCUCGACCUUCAUUGCUUGGUAGCAGAGAAACUAUGCUGUUAAAAUUUUCACCUCUCUUUUGGUUGUGUGUAUGUUGGAAUCUUGCUUCUUUUUUGAAUGAUUUCUGGUGCAUGGGUGCAUACAGCUCUUCUAUCAAUCUUACUUGAACUUCUGUAUUUAUAACAUGUCCUUGUGCAAUUUUGGACGAAGUUGUAUACGUUAUCUGUUACAUUUAACUAGUUGAUCUAUGGUUUCUUUAAUUUCACUCGCAUUCUUAAUUUCUUACAGCCGGAAAUGGUAAUCUUUCAAAACCCAUCUUCUUCAAGAGAUACUUACGUUAUUAUUUCCUCUUAUACAGAUAACCAAGAACCUUUAUUGAUCAAAGAUGGAGCUUCAACUGAUCAUGAAUCACAUUUCCUCAGGCCUAUGGGAAGGCAAUGGUGGGUAUUAGCAUCUCUCAACAUACUUUUUCUUCUUUCUGGCCAAACCGCUGGUGUGAUUCUAGGUAGAUUUUAUUAUGAUGAGGGUGGAAGUAGCACAUGGAUGGCUACCCUGAUCCAAACAGCCGCCUUCCCGAUUCUCCUCAUCCCAUACUUUAUCAUUCUCCCUUCGUCUCAAAAUCCUUCUACUACUUCCACCCCUCCUUCUAUCGCUAUUAUUUCCUUUGUCUACUUUGCUCUCGGCAUACUCUUCGCAUGCGAUAAUAUGCUUUACUCUAUUGGACUGCUAUACCUUUCUGCUUCAACUUUUUCCCUCAUUUGCGCAACCCAGUUGGUGUUUAAUGCCAUUUUCGCUUUCUUCAUCAAUUCACAAAAGUUCACUGUACUAAUUAUGAACUCUGUCGUCGUUCUUACACUAUCUGCUUCACUCGUUGGGUUGAACAACAAUUCUGAUGCACCAUCUGGAGUCUCGAAAUGGAAUUAUUUCCUUGGAUUCGCAAGCACGGUUGGAGCUUCUGCCCUUUACUCUCUAUUACUUUCGCUCACACAGCUUUGGUUCCAGAAGGUUCUGAAGAAGGAAACAUUUUCUGUGGUCUUGGAAAUACAAAUCUUCGCAUCACUCGUGGCGACUUGCAUUUCAGUUGUGGGACUCUUUGCCAGUGGGGAGUGGAAGUCUUUAAAGGGAGAAGUGGACGGAUUUGGUAAGGGGAGAGUUGCUUAUGUGAUGACUUUGGUAGGUGCUGCCAUUGCUUGGCAAGUUUGCUCUGUUGGUGUGGUGGGAUUGAUUUUCGUGGUGUCCUCUCUCUUCUCGAACGUCAUUGGUACUCUUUCGUUGGCUCUUACUCCUAUUGUUGCUGUGAUAGUCUUCCAUGACGCGAUGAACGGCAUAAAGGUAAUUGCUUUACUCUUAUCUCUUUGGGGGUUUUCCACUUAUAUCUACCAGAAUUAUCUCGAAGACUUGAAGGUAAAGGUAAUGCAAACUGAAGUCAAUGAGGCCUCUAACCAUUCAAGCUGUUGAUGUUUGUAGAAAGGGAUUUUUUUUUUUUCCUGAUUUAUUGGGUGUAUCUGUUAUUUAUAGCAUAUUGAAAAUGUAAUACUAGGAUCGAUGGAUGCAUAAUCUGUUGAAAGUAAUAUAUUUGAUCAAUGCCAAGUAAAUGAAACUGUCUGUCUAUUCCUG